CGCGAGCGCGGCCGGAAGCGACUCCGGGGGCGGCGGCGGCGCCGGGUGUGACCAUGGAGGAGCUGCAGGACCCCCCCUUUUCCCAGGGGAUCCCUCACCUGUCCGAGGAGGAGGAGGAGGAGGAGAGGACAGGUGAGGAAGGAACAGGUGAACGAGCAGGUGAGGAGGAGGAAGGGACAGGUGAGGAGGAGGAAGGGACAGGUGAGGAAGGAACAGGUGAGGAAGAAGAGCCAGGUGAGGAUGAAGAUGCAGGUGAGGAAGUUCCAGGUCAUGAUGAAGACACAGGUGAGGAAGAUGCAGGUGAGGAAGAUGCAGGUGAGGAAGACGCAGGUGAGGAGGAAGUUCCAGGUGAUGAUGAUGAUGAUGAUGAAGACCCAGGUGAGGAGGAUCCAGGUGAUGAUGAUGAUGACGAUGAAGACCCAGGUGAGGAAGAGCAGCAGCAGGAACCGGGUGAACCCUCCACCUCCCACCUGCUCCCGCCUGCGCCGCGCCGGCCCCGCCUUUACCUGCGGCCACGCCCACCCCCGGAAGAGCCGGGCCCCUCCCACCUGCACCUGUGGGACUGCCCGGAGCCGGAGAGCAGCUCACCUGAGCCAGGUGAGGCCGGCGCCUCUCCGGCCUUCGUGCAGCUCAUCGACGAGCGCGGCGUUUACUCCACGGCCAAGCUGGUGCUGGGCGCGGCGGGCGCGCCGGGCGAGCCGAGCCCGGGCACACCUGAGGAGGCGCCGGCGCACCUGGAGAUCCGGCAGGUGAUCGUGGCCGAGAAGCCCUUCCAGUGCCCCGUGUGCCACAAGGGCUUCAAGCGCGCCUGGGAGCUGCUGAGCCACGAGGUGGUGCACACGGAGGCGCGGCCCUACACCUGCCACCUGUGCCAGGCCACCUUCAAGCGCCACUCGGACUUCAAGAGCCACGCCCUGGUGCACACGGAGGAGCGGCCGCACAGGUGCGAGCUGUGCGGGAAGCGCUUCAAGCGCUCCUCCAACCUGCAGGAGCACCGGCGCAUCCACAGCGGCGAGCGCCCCUUCGCCUGCCCCCGGUGCGCCAAGGGCUUCAAGACGCCCUACGAGCGGCAGCGCCACGCCCUGACCCACCUGGCGGCCGACAAGCCCUUCCGCUGCGGCGAGUGCGGCAAGGAUUUCCCGGCGGCCAACGCGCUGCUGCUGCACCGGCGGCAGCGCUGCCAGGACAAGCCGCACGCCUGCGGCGUCUGCGGGAAGCGCUUCACCUACGGCCACUCGCUCAAGGUGCACGAGCGCGUGCACACGGGCGACCGGCCCUUCCGCUGCGCGCUCUGCGGCAAGGCCUUCAAGCAGAGCAACGCGCUGGCCUCGCACGAGCGCGUGCACACGGGCGAGCGCCCCUUCGCCUGCCGCACCUGCGGCAAGGCCUUCAAGCAGUCGUCCUACCUGGCCAUCCACCAGCGGGCGCACACGGGCGAGCGGCCCUACGGGUGCGAGGCGUGCGGCAAGGCCUUCGCCCGGCCCUCGCUGCUGCUGCAGCACCGGCGCGUGCACAGCCAGGCGCGGCCGCACCAGUGCAGCCACUGCCACAAGUUCUUCAAGGACCUGGCGUACCUGGCCGUGCACGAGAAGGUGCACACGGGCGAGACGCCCUACAAGUGCGGGGUGUGCGCCAAGGGCUUCGCGCACCCCUCCAACCUGCUGCAGCACCAGCGCGUGCACCGCGACACCUGAGACGCAGGUGGGCGCGGCCGGGACAGGUGUGGGGACAGGAAAAGGUGUGGAGCAACACCUGAGCCCUGUGGAUGAAGCCCCAGGUGGAAGGACUCAGUACCUGUGAGCCCGGACAGGUGUGGACCCCAGAAAUCUCUUGUGGACCACAGAAAGGUACAGCAGCAACACCUGGGCUGCAACACCUGAGCCUCAGGUGAGGGGACUCAGUACCUGUGAUACGGGACAGGUGUGGACCCCAAAAAUCUCCUGUGGACCCCAGAAAAGCUCAGCAGCAACACCUGGGCUGCAGCACCUGAGCGUCAGGUGAGGGGAGCCAGAUCUGUGAUCCAGGCCAGGUGUGGACCCCAGAAAUCUGCACCUGUAGCACCUGAGCUCUGUGGAUGAAGCCCCAGGUGGGAGGACUUGGCACCUGUGAGCCCGGACAGGUAUGGACCCCAAAUCUGCAGCAGCAACACCUGAACUGCUUUACCUGAGCACCGUGGAUAAGCCCCGGUUAUGGGGGCCUGGAAUUGCACACCUGGCCAGGUGUGGCCCCUCACCUGCAGCCCCUCCAGGUGAGGCCGCACCAGUGCAGCCACUGCCACAAGUUCUUCAAGGACCUGGCGUACCUGGCCGUGCACGAGAAGGUGCACACGGGCGAGACGCCCUACAAGUGCGGGGUGUGCGCCAAGGGCUUCGCGCACCCCUCCAACCUGCUGCAGCACCAGCGCGUGCACCGCGACACCUGAGCCGCAGGUGGGCGCGGCCGGGACAGGUGUGGGGACAGGAAAAGGUGUGGAGCAGCACCUGAGCCCUGUGGAUGAAGCCCCAGGUGGAAGGACUCGGUACCUGUGAGCCUGGACAGGUGUGGGCCCCAGAAAAGCUCAGCAGGAACACCUGGGCUGCAGCACCUGAGUCUCAGGUGAGGGGACUCAGUACCUGUGAUAUGGGACAGGUGUGGGCCCCAAAAAUCUGCACCUGUAGCACCUGAGCCCCGUGAAUGAAGCCCCAGGUGGAAGGACUCAGUACCUGUGACCCAGGACAGGUGUGGACCCCAUAAAUCUCCUGUGGACCCCAGAAAAGCUCAGCAGCAACACCUGGGCUGCAACACCUGAGCGUCAGGUGAGGGGAGCCAGAUCUGUGAUCCAGGCCAGGUGUGAACCCCAGAAAUCUGCACCUGUUGCACCUGAGCCCCGUGGAUGAAGCCCCAGGUGGGAGGACUCAGUACCUGUGAUCCAGGACAGGUGUGGACCCCAGAAAGGUGCAGCAGCAACACCUGAACUGCAACACCUGAGUCUCAGGUGAGGGGACUCAGUACCUGUGAUAUGGGACAGGUGUGGGCCCCAAAAAUCUGCACCUGUAGCACCUGAGCUCGUGGAUGAAGCCCCAGGUGGAAGGACUCGGUACCUGUGAGCCCGGACAGGUGUGGACCCCAAAAAUCUGCAGCAGCAACACCUGAACUGCAACACCUGAGUCUCAGGUGAGGGGACUCAGUACCUGUGAGCCAGGACAGGUGUGGACCCCAAAAUCUGAAGCACCUGGACAGCAACACCUGAGCCCCAGCCAGGUGUGAACCCCGAAAUCUGCAGCACCUGAGCCCCAGGUGAGGGGCCCCAGCCUGGCCACACCUGAGCUGUGAUGUCACCAACAGAGGACAAACUGGGGGGGACCCCCCAGGGUUCACCUGUGGCCAGGUGUGACCCCAGGACUGUGAGGCCUCACCUGAGCCCAGGACAGACUCGUGUGGAUUUUGGGGCGCUCCAGGUGCACCUGGGACUGGCCAGGUGCGCACCUGGAUGGGGCAGGGCCUGCCCAGGGCCUGGGGGUUUCCCUUGGAUGAUGAGAUGGGGACAGCUCACCUGAGCUCACCUGGGAACACCUGGGGCACACAUGAGCACACCUGGGAACACCUGAGCUCACCUGGGCACACCUGAGCAUAUCUGGGCACACCUGAGCUUACCUGGGAACACCUGGGGCACACAUGAGCACACCUGGGAACACCUGAGCUCACCUGGGCACACCUGAGCAUAUCUGGGCACACCUGAGCUUACCUGGGGCACACCUGAGCUCACCUGGGAACACCUGGGGCACACAUGAGCACACCUGGGAACACCUGAGCUCACCUGGGCACACCUGAGCUUACCUGGGGCACACCUGUCCCACCUCUCCGGGCGGUACCUGUAGCGCUGGGGGCGGGGCACACCUGGAUCGUUCAUUAAAGGAUCGUUAAUUGAUGACGUCA